AGUAUUCGGAACGAAUCGGAAUGAAUGAUUUGAAUAACGAAUGAUUUUUAAAAUAGAAUCGAAUGAUCGAUUAUUCAGCCAUAAUCGAAAUGUUUCGAUUAUAUCAUUCAUAAUCGCCCAACACUAGUUUAAAUCUGGUAACUUUUCUGGAUACUGCAUUUCUGUCAAUUGUCAAAAACAUAACCUAAAUAAUAAUGGACGAGACUCCCCCAGACACCCUUAUUUUGCCUUUUGAUGAGGAGCAGCCCUCCACCAGUGCCCCCCUCUCCGACUCCGACUGUAGCGACUCCUCUUCAUCGUUAUCCGAUGGGGCCCCCACUCGCGCCCCCCGUCGCUUUGUCUCAAAACUCGACGCCAACCUCAAGGGCCUCAUGGGCGAAGCCAACCUCAGGUACGCUCGAGGGGACACCGAAACGGCCCAGAAAAUGUGUUUCGAAGUGAUGCGACAAGUCCCCGACGCCUACGAGCCCUACUUGACCCUAGCCCAGAUUUUCGAAAACAGCGACCCGACGAAGUACGAGGGGUACCUGGCAAUCGCCAGUUGUUUGUACCCCCACGAUUCGGGGGUUUGGUGCCGGUUAGCGGAGCUCAACAUCCAGAACGGCAAGUACAAAGAGGCCGUUUCGUACUACUCGAGGGCUAUCAGAGCCAGUCCGCGCAACAUGGGGCUGCAUCUGAAGCGGUUGGAGCUCGUGGAGCAGAUUGGGGACGUGAGGUUCGCCCUCGCGUGCAAGAAACACAUGGCGAAUAAACUCCCGAGGGCGCAGCACCAGAACAUCAUCGAGUUGUGCAAAGAGGUGGCGAAGCACUACCACGAGGAGCGGAACUACGCGAAGGCUUUGGAGGUGUUGAAAAUCCCGUUUAAGCGGAUCCCCAAGAGGGUGACCCAGGAUUUGGUCAAUAUGAUGCUCGAAUUGCUCCUCCUCACAGAGCGUUUCACCGAAUGUUUGGAUAUUUUUAUUCAACAUUGCAAUUUCACAUUUGAAAUCACUGUGAAUGAGAACAACAAAAUCGUGAUUGACUCGUAUGUGAUGCCCCCCAGUAUCCAAAUCGACUUAAAAGUCAAGUUUAUCGUGUGUUUGAUUAAACUGAAGUCGUUUCAUUUGGUGCCCCCUUUGAUCGACUCGAUGAUCCGCGAAGAGAACGUCGAGGAGAUCGGGGAUUUGUACUUGGACGUGGCUGAAGACCUAAUGGCCACGGAUUUGUCCACCGAAGCCCUGAAACUCCUGGUCCCCCUUGUCAAAAGCACCACUUAUAACCUGGCCGCCGUGUGGCUCAAAUACGCCGAAUGUCUCUACAAUUGCGACAUGUUGGAGCAGGCCGUGGAGGCCUACUUCACAGUCAUGACGAUGGCCCCCCAACACGUCGAAGUGCUCUACCCCCUGGCCAUGACCCUCCUCAAACUGAAUAAGAAGUCCGAGGCUUUGGAGGUCCUCUCGCAGGAUUUGUCGACGAAUAAGCUCGAUGUCGCCGUCCUCAUCGAGAGGAUGAAGCUUUUGAGGCAGAUUGACGAUAUUGAGGAGUACUGGAAAUGCGCUGAGUUGCUCCUUUCCAGACAUUGUGUCGCGGUGAAGUACCCGGAAGAGGCGCGAGUUGUGAUCACAACCUCGCAUACUGUCAAUGAGAAAGUGAGGAAGAUUAGGGAUUUGAGGAGGUUUCGGGGGGAUUCCAUGCCGGUCGAGUCCGGGUUUGAGAGUAUCAGGGAACCCAGUGUCCAGGCCGAGUUUGAGGUAUACAAGGGGGUUUUGAGGUUUGCCUUGGAGAGGAGGGAGUAUGCGCAGUUGCAGAAGUUCGCCUUCAUGGGGUUGACGUCCAAGAGGUUGACGGAGUAUGCCAAAAUCCAGCUUUUCGCCCUCUUCUCCGCCAUCUACAACAACGACACCUUCCACGGCUACAACCUCAUCCGCAACGUGGUGUUGAACGACCGCCACAACACCCUCGCCUGGAACCUCUUCAACAUCGUCCUCAAGAGCACCGAUGACGUCCGCCACAACCGUUUUAUCUCCCGUCUCCAAGAACGCGUCCCCGACAUAGAUUGUCUCCAAGCCAUCGAAGCCAACUACAGUCUCACCACCAACUCCAAUCUCGCUAUAAAAUUCUACAUGCGAGAGUUCCGCAAACACAAACUCCCGUACUUUGCUCUAAUCUUAGGCGUGAUUUUACUACAAGGUUACAGCAAGCGAAAAACGGUCGAAGACCGAAAAAAACUCGCCGAAAUCGCCUCAUAUCUCUUCAUUUUCUAUGCGAAAAAUCGGAGUGGAGACGCCCAACAGGAAAUUUACUACAAUCUGGGACGGAUGUACCACCAAUUAGGGGUCAUGUAUUUGGCCGAAAACUACUAUUUGAAGGUUUUGGAGAUCGAGGAGAAACCCCCUUGCGAGGUUUUGGGGUUGAGACACGAAGCGGCGUUUAAUCUGCACUUAAUUUACAAAAAUAGUGGCAAUUUCAUAGCGGCGAGGAACGUUCUAAUGAAACAUAUAACAAUUUGAAGUCACGAAAGCAAUUGUAUAUUUUUUCUACCACAACAAGUUAUUAUUUUUCGAAA